CUGGCUCCGAAAUACCGUCCUCGUCUUUUCUCUAGAAUGAAAGUCCUUGAAACAUCGCAGAAAGACAAUAAAGCCACAACACCCAAAAACAAAAUGUUACAACACUAUUUACCAGCUGGAGAUCGUUGCUAUAGUUGUGUUCAUUGUCGAGCCAAUUUGGCCAGUCAUAGCGAUUUAAUUUCAAAAUCAUUUCAAGGCAGUCAAGGAAAAGCUUAUCUCUUCAAUGCUGUCGUGAAUAUCGGUUGUGGGCCAGCAGAAGAACGAAUACUACUUACUGGAUUACAUGCUGUUGCUGAUAUUUAUUGUGAAAAUUGUAAAACUACUCUUGGAUGGAAAUACGAACAUGCAUUUGAAUCAUCUCAAAAGUACAAAGAAGGAAAAUUCAUUAUUGAAUUGGCUCAUAUGGUUAAAGAUAAUGGCUGGGAUGAGGAUCAGGAAGAACAUGAAUUUCGACGCAAAUCCAUUUCGUGA